AUGAUGGAGCAAACGAGAACUCAAGCCAACACACCUCCUCAGGAACCAUUACCAAUGCAAGAUAAAGCCUCGCAGAAUAACACAGGAACUGCCAGCGAGGCUCAGGCGGCCGCUGUAGCUGCUGCCUCUGCAGCAGCAGCGGCAGCAGCAGCUUCGGCAGUAGUUUCGUCACCAUCACCGUCGCAAUCAUCUUCUGGUGAUUCGAACGGUUCAGGCCUAGCUUCAGGGUCCAUCAGUAGUUCAACAGUGGGGAAAUCAGGGUUUUCUAAGAGAAAAUCUGGAUCGAAACUAUCGUCCUCGCAGAGUAGUAGGCCCAGAGAUCACAGUAACGAUAGUGGGAUAGUUGCGAUGGGGUUGAAUACAAAUUCAGAUUGUUCCCACCGUAUUGUUGGACACCACUCACAUCUUGACGAUUACGUACAGGAUGCUAGACAGAUGGGGAACCAUGGAUUCGUUACUCCAUCACAGUCUCAUAACAAUUCGAAUAAUAACGAUAACGCCACAGUGUCUGCUGAUGAUGAUGAAAGGAAUAGUAACAGCAGCAGUAAGAAUAACAUCAAUAACUCAGUGGCUGCUGGCAACGUCGGUUCACAAGAUAGUAUUCAGGUUGAAAACCAGGACAUGGAUGUGGAUGUGGAUAUGGAUAUGGAUAUGGAUAUGGAUAUGGAUAUACAGGAUGCUAGUCGAGAUGAUGAUGAUGCCCACGAUUCAGAUAAUUCUUCUUCUUCUUCAUCUUCCUCCUCUUCAUCAUCGACUGCUUCAUCAUCGUCAUCUACCAACAGACAAAAACAAGCUGCAUCUUCCAAAACCCUAAAUUUCAAUUCUGAAAGACGACCUUCGUCGUUCAAUACUGCCAUUGCACAUAACAAUACAACCAUUUUCAAACCGUUCGAUUCUCAAACCGGACAAUUUUUACCCCCCUCCUCUGGAUCUACGAAAACCAAUGAUAGUCAGGAUCUUAUGGAUGCUCAUCACCACCGUAACUUGAGACCAGACGAUACUACUACCGCUUCAUCACCACCAUCUACGUCUCCUUCAACUUCAAAUAUGGUCCCAAAUAAUACCCCAUCGCUUAUGGGAUCACUUGCGAAGGCUAACUACGAAAAAAAUGAGAAUUCAGUUACAAAUAUCGCGCAUCAAAAUCAGAAUGAGCAAGGAUCGCAGUUACAACAAUCUCGUGAGGAACAAAUACAGGACAAACAGCAGCAACAGCAGCAACAGAAAAAACAUCAUAAUCAUACUCUUACUGCACAACCUUCACUUAACCGUAUUCAUAGAUCAAAGAUGAGAUCAUUUUCGGUACCUACCAUAUUGCAUUCGUCACUAAGGAAAAUGAGUAGUGUUGCUCAGCAUGAGAUGAUGAUUCCUUGCAAACAUAACUUACCACCUGCACACUUAACUUUAAAACAUCCGAACACUUCCUCCGCUUCAUUGACAAACUCAAACUCCAACCUAAACCCAAAUUGUAGUCAGCCAGGAGGUCUUGUAAGGAAGAAGAGAUCGCUAAAGAAAGAUCAAUUCUCCUUAAGAAACGCCAUAUUAAUGACACAUCGUCUACAAACAAUGGACAGUAAGGAUAUCCCUCUUGAAGAAAGAAUCAAAUACAUCAAAACAUACCCAACUCCAAUUCCUUUACCCCCAAUUAAUUUGCAAUGCUUGAAAGAGAUCGAUUUGUCUGAGAUUGUGAAGAAUCCUCAACUCAGACACGACAUAGUGUUCGAUCCUAUGUUACAAUUUAGGCCAAAUUUGGAUGGUGAAAGAGGGAUCAAGAAGAGACAAAUUGCCGAUAAGUACUGGAGUGAUGUUGAGAAUGAAAUUUAUGUUUACAACCAAAGGCCUGAUGUUUUCGACGAAAACAGAUCUAGACUAGUACCUCUAUUCAAUACUUUGAAAGAUGUUCUUGUAACAAUAGUUCCUCAAAAAGAAGUAUCUACUGUGGCAAACGUUUUGGAUACUGAAUUGUUGAUUCAAGAGCUCUUAAAGGGAUCACUUGUAAUGUCAAAUUUCAGUGACUGGUUAUCACAAUUAUUCAAACACCAUUGCGCACCAAUGAGAGAUCCAUGGGUAGACAAAAUGUCCUCAAAGUUCAAAAAAGCAGAGGAAAAUAACUCAAUAUCGACUUUGGUGGAAGCUCUCAGAUUGGUGUUUCAAAUUCUGGAAGCAAUGAAGUUAGACAUUGCAAAUCACCAAAUUAGAAUCUUAAGACCAGCGCUUUUGAGCAAUACUGUAGAUUUCGAAAAGCAAUAUUUCCAAUCUCUAUUGAAUAGUAACAGAGUUGACUUAAAAUCAUCUUUGAAAUGGUUCGCCGAGAAAUACAAUGAUGCUUGUGCUGAUAACUUAAUCGAUCCUUCCAAACCAACCCCAAUUCCAAAACUUUACCAAGUUUGUAUCAGAAGCGUAAUAAGCUUAUUAUCUUGCAGAAAGAUGGUCAAAGAAUACCCUACAGCAUUAUCAUUCGACCAUGCUAGAUUGAUUUUAUUGCGGGCAGAUAUUCGUCAAAUUGUCUGUUUAAUGGUUUGCAAACUAUUAUUCAAACAACUUGUGGCUAACAACGCGGAUUUGACAAGACCAAUGAAAGAAUUUAUCAUCAAGAAUUAUACAACAAAGAGGUUAAAGGAAGAAAUCGUUAGUAUUAUCACCGAUGAACAUGGAAAUUGCAGGUGGACAAAGAACACUCUGAGUAUUGCAGUGCAAUUGAACAAAGUUAUCGAUCAAUUGAAAGAGGAGUACUUAAGACAAUAUUCUGAUGGCACACAAUCAUCCGGUGCUGGCGCUCCUCAGGUGUCAUCUUCAUCAAGUGCUAACCUAUCUCUAGAUCAUAAGAAGAUCGACUUCGCUACCUCGUGGUUAUCCAAACAAACUCAACCACUGAGCGAUGUCUAUGGUGUUCUUGAAGCAAGGGUAUUCAAGUCUCUUGAAGAAAUCGUGUUCAAAUUCGGAGAGUGCUCAAAGGAUGGCACGGUAAAACAAGACUUUAUCAACAUGUGCGGAAACACCAAUACUGCUACCAAUGCUACUGGUACCGCGACAUCAACCCUACCAAUCUCAAAUGAUGAUUCAACGGGUGUUUCUUCUAUUUUCCAGUCACCUUCAGAGGCAAACAGGACAUCUACAAGCAAGAAAGAGAUGGAAAUUAAGGAGAGCCUCGCUGCGAUUGAUAUGGAAGAAUUCGAAAACUCCUAUCGUCAUUUAUACACGGUUGUCAACUUUCACUGGUCUGUCUUUGGGUGCCACUACUUGGAAUAUAUGGGCGAUAAAGUUGAGAAAGUAUGA